AUGAGCGAAGGCAGAGAAGACGGCGAGGUACCGACGCGCAGUCCGCCUUCUCCGCUGGAACACCGCGAGAGCAAGGCACGUCGCGUCGGCAGCCGUGAGAAUUCACCAAAUCGCGGUAUGGACAACGGGCACGUAGGCGCUGACGUGGCAGAUGCGCCUACAUCGCGAACUACCGGACGGUUGGGUGGAAUAUAUAUUCCUCCCUUUAAACUGGUUGCGCUGCAGCGGGAGGUCGCUGCAGACGGGUCAGUUGCGUACCAGCGCCAAGAGUGGGAGAAGUUAAAGAAGAAGAUCAAUGCGGUCGUGAAUAAGCUCACGUGUACCAACGUGUCAGAUCUCGUGGUUGAGUUGUUGGAGUGCAACCUUAUCCGUGGUCGCGGUCUCUUGGCUCGUAGCUGGAUCCGCGCGCAGAUGGCAUCGCCUGGUUUCACCGAUAUAUAUGUGUCGUUUCUGGCAGUUCUGAACUCCAAGUUCCCUGAGAUCGGCAACUUGGUGUUGCGUCGCAUAAUCCUGCAGUUUCGUAGGGCAUUCCGUAAGAACGACCGCAUUCUGUGCCAGACUGUGGCGAAGUCCCUCGCGCACCUGGUGAACUACAGGGUGGCUCAUGAGGUUCUGGCACUGCAGUUUUUGGCUAUUCUGUUGGAGAAUCCGACGGAUGAUUCCGUGGAUGUGGCGGCUAGUUUUUUGGAGGACGUCGGCAAUUUUCUGGUUGAUGAAGCCAAACAGGCUCUUGAAGCAAUAUUCGACCGUUUCAAGCAGAUCUUAAGUUCAGGUAAAAUCGACAAAAAGACUCAGUAUACUAUCGAGGCGCUGUGGAAGUCAUUCCGCAACAAGUUCGCCGACAAACCGGCGGUAAGACCCGAACUUGACCUCGUCGAACUUGAGGACCAGAUUACACAUGAUCUCGACUUUUUAGACGACAACAUAACGUCAGACGAGAUGCUAAACGUCUUCCAACCAGUUGACCCGCAAAUAUACACAGAAGAGCAGGAGAAGUGGGAGCGUAUCCGCAACCAGUUGAUGGGUGUUGAGUCGGAUGGUGAGGGUGAGGAAAGUGACUCUAGCGUCGAUUCCGAAGCGGAGGAUAACGAUGAUGAAUCUGUCUCGGGUGAGGCUAGAGCGUCGGAAGGCGCAACGACGGUGAUUCGAGAUUCCACUGGCCAAGAUUUGGUAAAUCUGCGCAAGACAGUCUACCUGUGCAUAAUGUCGUCCCUGAACUACGAAGAGUGCGUCCACAAAUUGCUGAAGCUGAACGUUCGUGAGGGAAGUGAGAUAGAGAUAUGCACGAUGCUGAUAGACUGCUGCGCGAUGGAGCGCACAUUCCAGUCGUUUUACGCACUGCAGGCGGAACGUUUGUGCAAGUUGCGCAUGGUGUACGCACAGAACUUUCAGGAAUGUUUUGCGAAGCAGUAUCAGCUGAUCCACCGCCUGGAAACCGCGAAGUUGCGCAACGUGGCCAAAUUCUUUGCUCACCUCCUUGCCACCGACGCCAUAAACUGGUCGGUGCUCUCUAUCAUAGUUUUGACCGAAUCUGGCACCACGUCUAGUGGGCGCAUUUUUGUGAAAAUAAUGCUGCAGGAGCUCUGUCACACUUUAGGAAUGCGCAACCUCGGCGAGAAGCUGCACAACGCUGAUAUUGCCCCUCACGUGACCGGUAUUUUCCCGCGUGACAACCCGGAGAACAUUCGCUUCGCCAUUAACUUCUUGACGGCGAUUGGUUUGGAGGCUCUGACUGGCGAGUUGCGCAAGCGACUAAAGUAG